AUGCUUUUCGCGAAAGAUUCGGACAGCAAUUCAAAGGAUAUGAGGGAGGAGGAUGGAGAGGGGGGUGGAGAGUGUUGUCCGAAGCAACUUAUAACCGAAGCGUCAUACCUGAUGACAAAUUCUAAUCCGUACCUGGAUUAUCCUCGUCCAAUGCUUCAUAAAACCGUUCCAAUUGGCGGUGUAGCUGUAUCAAUGGAUGCCAAAAACAACAAACUUUCUAAGGAAUGGGACGCGAUACUUAAUGAACGUAACACCACUGUGCUAGUGUCCUUUGGGUCAUUGGCGAAGGCUAUCUACAUGCCUAAGCAAUACAUGAAUUCACUUUUGAAAGUUUUCGAAAGAAUGUCUGACACAACAUUUAUAAUGAAAUAUGAAGAAGAAGGCUCAAAAAUCGCAGAUCAUCUUCCAAAUGUUCAUCUGAGCACAUGGUUUCCUCAGAAUGCUCUUCUUAAUGAUCAUCGUCUCUCCACAUUCAUAACACAUGGUGGUCUAGGGAGUACUACUGAACUAGCACAUCAGGGAAAACCAGCUAUUCUUAUUCCCUUAUUUGGUGAUCAACCAAGAAACGCUGAAAUGCUUGCAAAACAUGGUGGAUGUAUUGUUCUGAACAAAUUCGAUUUGGAUAGCCCGGAAAAAUUGGAGAAGGCACUACAUACUAUACUCACUGACACAAGCUAUGCUAGAAAUGCUAAACGUCUCUCGAAGAUGUUACUGAAUCAGCCAAUUAGCGCUAAGCAACUCCUUGUUCGUCAUAGUGAAUUUACGGCUGAAUUCGGACGUCUACCCAACCUGGAUCCGUACAGCCGGCACUUAUCGUUCAUACAGUACUAUCUGAUUGAUAUAAUACUACUAGCACUAGCCAUUCUUAUUGUUACGCUUGUUACCUUUUAUCUCAGCUUAAAAAAACUCAGGAAAUGUUGCUCUAUAGCCAUAAAAAACAAAAAAGAAUAA